GCCCUGUGGGCCUGGCCAAAUUGGCAUACAUAAGCCCAGUAAGACCCGCAACAAACCUCUCAACACUCAGAUAAAACCUCGUACACAUUCCAUCACCACCAAUGGACACACCAGACUACGAAGCCGAAAAGGCCAAGAUGCUCCGCGGCGAGCUCUACCGCGCCUUCACCCCGGGCCUGAUCGCCGCCCGCCACCGCUGCAAAGUCGCCGUGCAUGCGUUCAACAACGCCGGGAUCGUCUCGCGACGGCGGCAGGUGGAGUUGUGGAGAGCAAUCAUAGAAGACGCCCGCCCCCUUCCACCGCCGGCCCCUACUCCAGAAGAAGACGAGGCGUUCUUCGAGCAGGAACCCUGGGUGGAAAGCCCCAUUCGCAUGGACUACGGGUUCAACGUGAGUGUCGGCGCGGGCACGUUCAUUAACUUCAACUGCACGAUCAUCGACACCUGCCGCGUGGUGAUCGGGGAGCGAUGUCUGUUCGGCCCGAAUGUGAGUCUCUACACGGGACUGCAUCCGCUGGACGGGGAGGUGCGGAAUGGCACGGCCGGGCCGGAGUGGGGCAAGGAGAUUCAUAUCGGCGAUGAUUGCUGGUUGGCCGGGGAUGUGAAGAUUCUGGCGGGGGUGACAGUUGGAAAAGGGUCGACGGUUGGGGCGGGGAGUGUGGUUACUAAGGUUAGCCAACUUGUGCUCUGUGGUAGUGGAUGAGGUGCUUGCUGACAAUUGUUAUAGGACGUACCGCCGUAUUGUGUGGUGGUCGGCAAUCCAGCGCGAGUGUUGAAGUAUCUUAAGGGGAGCCCGCAUUUCAAGGAGGAAGGAGCAUCGGAUUAAUGGACUUGAUGGAGGAGGUAGAGGCUAGAUUCAAGGUGUUGGAGUCUAACUAUGGUCAGAUGGUUGGAAGCUGCGAAG